AUGAGGAUGACAAGCCCCAAGUGGGAAGGCAAGGAGGAGAAGAAGCUGCUGAAGCCCUUGAUGGAGAAGCGGCGGAGGGACAGGAUGAACCAGAGUCUGGACCGCCUGCGCGUCCUGCUCUUCGAGGCCACGCAGGACGAGAGGCUGAAAAACCCCAAAGUUGAAAAGGCAGAAAUUUUACAAAAAACCGUUCAGUUUUUGAAGACGCAGCCUUUAUCAGAGACUAAGCACAAGGAAGACGCCCUGCUGCAAAGGUACCACAGGGGCUACUGGGAGUGCCUAACCCAAGCAGCCCACUUCCUCCGAGCCAGCCCGGGCAAUCACACAGGCAAAAAAGCCCACCUCAUGGAGCACCUUUGCCACCGCAUGGGGAAAAUAACUACAAAUCCAUGCGGGCCGCUCCGCCACCGCCCCCCUCCGGCAGCCGCCAGCCCCAGCUACGACCUGCCACCGCCCUGCAGCCCGGAUGCCCUUGCUGGCUGCAGCCCGCCGCUCGGGGGUGCCGCGUAUGUCCUGCACCCCCCUGCCCCCAGGUCAGGACUGCCAGCCCAUGUCACCAGCCCAGCCCAGCCAGAUGGCCUCAGCAGACCUCAACAGAGUAAACUCUCGGGGACACAGAACUCCGUGGCACAAACUCCGCAGGCCCUGAACGUCUGGAGACCUUGGCCUUGA